AUGCAGCCUUCGCAGGAGCAGGACCAGGACCAGGACCAGGACCAGGACCAGGACCAGCUGCAGCUGCACCACUCACACCAUGCGACGGUGCAGCCGCGGAGCCUCACCAGCGUCAGCGACCUGCAGCAGGCGCCCGAUGGCACGCUGUACCAUGCGCAAGCGCUGCCUUUGCACCCGCAGGACCUGCAGAGCCUCCACGCCAACAGCGCCGCCUUGUACCAACAGCAGCAGCGGCGGCGGCGGGAGCAGCAGCAGCAGCAGCAGCAGCAGCAGCAGCAGCAACAAUACACGUUAAGCGGACCCCCGCAGCAGCUGCAGCGAGGGCUGCUGCAGACACCGCUGGCACCCCACGCCCAUGGGCUGCACUAUGAACACCACGGCCUGCCGCCACAGGCAUUCCCCCCCCACACCUACGAGCAGCUGCAGCACAUCCAGCACGUCCACCACGCUCAACAAUCCCACUCUCACCCUCACUCUUGCCCUGGCUCUCGCCCUGGCUCUCACCCUCACCCUCACCCUCAUGCGCUCGCAUCAAGCCCGCCCUAUGCGCUGACGGCUGCCCCGCUGCCGGGCCCCGCGCACCACGCCCACGCCCACGCCCACGCCCACGCCCACGCCCAUGCGCCUGUCCACGCGCCCAUCCACGCGCCCGUCCACACGCCCAUCCACGCGCCUAUCCACACCACCCCGCGCAUUGCCCAGCGACCGCCACAGCGACCGCCACAGCUACAGCCACAGCCCGUCCAGCAAUCACCCCAGCAGCACAGCUCGCCGCUGCCGAGCGCCCUCAGCGAUGACAACACCCCGCUCGCCAACCACGGCCAGUUCAAAGGCCUCAAGCUCGUCCCCAACCCCCCGUAUCUGGACGAAUGGCGCCAGCGCCUGUUCGACGUCGACGACACAAUCACCCUGACCGAGCACCAGUUCCAGACCUACUUCCCCCACAUCGACAACAUCUACUCGCACCGCUCCACCCAGCGCCACAAGCGGAAGAGCUUCGUCUCCCACUACUGGGACUGCCGUCUGAAGGGCCGCCCGCCAGGCACCAAAAAGUCCACAGACCCAGACAAGAAGAAACGGAGAAGAGUCGCCCGCGAGCGAGACUUGUGCGAUGUCAAGAUCAAAAUCACAGAGUUCUUCAACCAGAAGGAGUACGAGGAGCACAUGGGCCAUCCACCGCCCGUGCUCGAGGGAGACGAUCCCAUGGCUAUGAGCGCGCACCAGCCCGGGCCAGCAGGCGCAGCCCCAGAUCAGUCCAUGUUCUUCCGCCAACCGCAGAUGCUAGCCCAACAGCCCAUGUCGCCGUGGGACUUGUCGUGCAACCUUGUGCAGCCGGGCAUGAGCAUGUUUGCGCCUGCACCGCCGCCGCUGCCUGGGCCCCCGCCGCAGAAAUUCUACACCUUCCAGCGGGUCAACGGCAAUGGAGGGAACGGGAAGGGUGAUGGCGUUGCAGGUCCACACAAACACACGCUUGAGGAGAGUGAUCGCCUGAAAAAGAACAUUGUGAUGCGGACGCUGGCCAAGAACGAGAAGGAGGUGAGGAGAGUGCAGGGUGGGGACUCUUCCAAGAAGACAUACCACAAGAAAGCCACGGGCAACGCCUUGAUCACAGUCAGGAACCACGCCAAAGAAGACGACCUGAAGCUGUACGGGAGCUGCUUUUGCCCCUUCGUCCAGCGCGUCUGGAUCUCUCUUGAGCAUAAAUCCAUCCCCUACCAGUACAUUGAAGUGGACCCGUACAAAAAACCGCAGUCCCUGCUAGAUGUCAACCCGCGCGGCCUCGUCCCCGCCAUCCGUCACGGCCCAACAUGGAGCACCCACGAGUCGACCGUCAUCAUGGAGUACUUCGAAGACCUGAACGCCGGCGCGCACCUGCUGCCUCCAGACCCGCAGACCCGGGCAACCAGCCGCCUGUGGGCCGAUCACGUCAACCGACACGUGAUCCCCAUGUUCUACAAGCUGCUGCAAGCCCAAGACCAAAACGAUCAGGUCGAGCACGCAAAGGAGCUACGCGACCAGAUCAACAAGCUCGUUGCAGCCGCCGACAAAACAGGUCCUUUCUUCCUGGGCCCGCGCCUCUCCUUCGUCGACGUGCAAAUCGCGCCCUGGGUGCUCCGCCUGCGCCGCGUCCUCGGCCCGUACCGCGGGUGGCCCGAGCCCGACGACGGCAGCCGCUGGAAGCAGUGGGUCGAUGCCAUCGACAGCGAGCCGAGCGUCGUGGCCACGACCAGCACCGACGACCUGUAUCUCGACAGCUACGAGCGGUAUGCGGAGAAUCGGCCGGGCACGAGCCAGCUGGCCGACGCGGUGAAUUCGGGGAAAGGACUGCCGUGA